UAGCUUUAUAUUUGUUUAGAUUGUGCCCAAAUAAUAAAUACUUUCUACUGUGCAAUUGCAACAGGUUAAAAAUCAGUAAAGUGGAGACAUCAUGUGUCCCAUGAAGUAUUUUCUACUCCUGGCCCUUUUUGCGGCACCUAUUUUCCUAUUUGCCCAUGCUGCUUCCUGGAAUGCUGUUUUUACACCUGACCAUGUCACCAUUGAGAUGCAUCGUGAGGAGGAGAUUAAGCUCGAUCUCACGGGCUUGCAGGAUGGUGAAGUGGCAGAAAUUGCGGUAAAAGUUGCAGCGGAUCAUGUUGCUGAAGUGCACAAAGUUAUUCCGGGACGUGAGAUCAAUGGGGGAUCAUGGAGUGGAUAUUUUAAUGUGACAGCAGUGUUCCUGGGUAAAACUGAUCUCUUUGUGGAGAUUACGAUGGGGAACAAUCAGAAGGAGACUUCUGAUGAGAAAUUGAGUGUUACAGUGAUACGGGAGGAUCGUGUAGUUGAUCACGUCUUCACUUAUACCGUAGCUAUUCUCGUCUCAAUUCUCUAUAUCAAUUUCGGAGCUGCCCUGGAUCUCAAAUUACUCAAAACGAUUGUCCUGUGCCCCGUUGGACCGGCUAUUGGGGUUUUUGGGCAGUUUGUCGUGAUGCCAUUGCUGAGUUUUGGUCUGGGACGUCUUCUAUUUCCCGACUCUCAUGCCAUGCAAUUGGGAAUGUUCUUCACAGGAAUCUCUCCGGCUGGUGGAGCUUCCAAUGUGUGGACAGCCGUUCUCAAUGGUAACAUCAACAUGUCAGUUCUUAUGACUACAAUAAGUACAAUUGCUGCCUUUGGCUUGAUGCCCAUGUGGAUUUUUACUCUUGGUAAAGUUAUUUUUGAUCAAGGAAAUCUUGCUGUUCCCUAUGAAAGGGUGGGAACGUUUGCCAUUUGUUUGGUCAUACCGCUCUUUGUGGGUCUCCUAAUUCAACGAUAUUUACCACGUGUCACGAGGAUUUUGGUACUUGUUCUCAAGCCUGUAUCAGCUCUUCUCAUCCUUUUCAUCGUGAUAUUUGCCAUUGUGACAAAUCUCUAUCUAUUUGAGUUGUUCUCAUGGCAAAUUUUUGUGGCUGGAAUGGGACUUCCAUGGCUGGGAUUCCUUAUUGGAUGGAUUCUGGCUAAAGUGUUUAAGCAAGCCAAUCCAGAUGCCCUUGCUAUUGCUGUUGAGACAGGAAUACAGAAUACAGGAAUUUCCAUCUUUCUUCUGCGAUUCACUCUUCCACAGCCAGAAGGUGAUCUCACAACGGUAGUUCCAGUUUCUGUGGCUAUCAUGACACCUAUACCACUCUUUGCGCUAUUCCUGAUACUCAAAAUUAAGGAAAGAUUGAACCGUGGCAGAAGGGAAUUGAUCGAGGAGAAGGAAACCGCAGAUUUGAGUAUAGAAGAUUCUCAAGAGACUCUGCCACAAGAGGAGAAAAAUGUGAAAAAUCCGCCAGAGAUGCCAUAAAUGAGGAUCUAGUGCCUCUGAUAUGAUACUCUUGAAUGUGGUUUUACUUGAGUAUUGAUACUGGGAUUCUUUUGGAACAAAUAAGUUUUGUAAGAAUGUCACAACAAAGACUGUACAUUUUUAUAAAAUGAAUACAAUUCAUUUGCAAUUUUA